CCGCCCCCCGGUGGCACUUGAGCCGGUGACUGUAGCAGGACGCGCAGCAACAACCUCAGUCUCCGGGACUCCAGCACCGAGCUGCGGCCAUGAGUCUGGCGGCUGCCGCACAGUCCUGAGUGGGCAGCAUGGAGGAGAAUGCCAAUGUGCCGGGGACGGGCACCGACAGCCUCCCGGCCCUGACACAGCCCAUCAAGCGCCAUGCCAUUACCGAUGACUACAAGGUGUCCAAGCAGGUGCUGGGCCUGGGCAUCAACGGCAAAGUGCUGGAGUGUUACCGCAGGGACAGCGGGCAGAAGUGUGCGCUGAAGAUUCUCAGCGACAGCCCCAAAUCUCGGCGAGAGGUGGAGUACCACACCAGAGCCUCCGGGGGGCCCCACAUCGUGCCUGUGCUGGACGUGUACGAGAACAUACACAGAGGGAAGCGAUGCCUGCUCAUCGUCAUGGAAUGCAUGCAGGGCGGGGAGCUGUUCACUCGCAUCCAGCAGCGGGGAGACCAGGCCUUCACUGAGCGAGAGGCCUCGGAGAUCAUGCGUGACAUAGGAAUGGCCAUACAGCACUUACAUGGGCUGAACAUCGCUCACAGGGAUGUAAAGCCGGAGAAUCUCCUCUACACGACCAAGGACAGCAACGCGCAGCUUAAGAUCACAGAUUUCGGCUUCUCCAAGGAGACGACCAUUCAGAACGCUCUGCAGACUCCGUGUUAUACUCCGUACUAUGUUGCUCCUGAGGUUCUGGGUCCAGAGAAGUACGACAAAUCCUGUGAUAUGUGGUCACUUGGGGUCAUCAUGUAUAUCCUGCUCUGUGGUUAUCCCCCCUUUUAUUCCAACACCGGCCAGGCCAUCUCUCCCGGGAUGAAGAAGAGAAUCCGGAUGGGCCAGUACGAGUUCCCCGCACCGGAGUGGAACGAUGUGUCAGAGGAAGCGAAACAGAUAAUCCGCCACCUGCUGAUGACUGACCCCACAGAGAGGAUGACCAUCGCUCAGUUUAUGAAUCACCUGUGGAUAAAUCAAUCUAUGGUGGUUCCCCAGACCCCACUGCACACAGCUCGUGUCCUACAGGAAGACAAAGAGCACUGGGAUGAGGUUAAGGAGGAGAUGACCAGUGCUCUGGCCACCAUGAGAGUCGACUAUGACCAAGUGAAGAUAAAAGAUCUCAACUCGUCCACUAAUAAAUUGCUGAACAAGAGGCGCAAGAAGCAAACCGAUGGAUCUGCGGCUCCUGCUAGCUGCAACAACCAAUAGGACUGUGCGCAAAUCGUGGCGACCAGUGGUGGAGAACGUGACUGCGCACACCUCCGAUGGUCGGAGUCUUUGUGUGGCUUUUAGAUAUUUUUAUGGUCUUUUGUUUAAUUGUAGUAUAUUUUAAACACUCCACUGUUGGGACAGCGUACCCUGUGUGUACAUACAUAUAAAUAUUUAUGGAACCGAA